AUGGUGCCAAAGGCAGAGGCAGAAGCUUCCACCCAUCUGAAAAGUGAAGCUAAAUCAAAGGGUUUGAAGGCCAAGAAGUCAGAGCCAAAAUACAGGCACAUAAAAAAACUCCACACGUCACCCACCUCGCAGGAGCCCAAGACGCUGCUGCUCUGGAGGCAGCCCAAGUAUCCUCAGAAGAGCGCCUCCAGGGGAAACAAGCUUGACCACCACGCCAUCAUAAGGUUUCCACUGACCAAUGAGUCUGCCAUGAAGAAGACAAGACAACAGCACACUGUGUUCACAGUGACCGUCAAGGCCAACAAGGUCCAGCUCAAACAGGCAGUGAAGAAACUCAGUGACUUGGAAGUGGCCAAGGUCGACGCCCUGAUCAGGCCUGAUGGACAGAAGAAGGCGCAAGUUUGUCCUGAUGAUGAUGCUUUGGAUGUUGCCAACAAAACUGGGAUCCUCUGA